GACCUAUUGAGGUUGAACAUUCGCAAAUCAUCUAGGGUGUAAUAAAUACCAGUGCUUUAUAUAACACAUGGACAUUAUCUUGGUAUUUGCAGUAUAUGUGUGCAUGAGGGCUGAUAAGACUAAGGGAGAGUUAUAAGGUGUUUGUAUUGUUGACUAACACAUUUGGAGUGGAGGUCAUUUUCUAGAGCAGCCAUUUCCCAUCAGUAGGAGGACAGAAUAAGGAUACACAUCCACUAACCCGAUCUACUAUACGCCUUUGGAACAAUGAGUGAUAAGGAAAUUCCCGGCCCCACAAAAGAACAGAAAUCCUUAGUAUUCGGAAAUAUUAAAAAGGCUAUAAUAUUGGCAAUAGCCCUCACGGUUCUAACCUAUUUCUUAGCGCCAUCUAUAUUGAUAAAUACUGUUGAGAAACGUUUAAUUUUCACACUGAGAUGUCAAAUAUUUUCGGUAUUAACAAUUAUGAUAGGCAUCCAAGUUGUUGGAGGUCGGAGAGCCGAAACACCUGCGAUGGAUUCAACAUCACCAUAUAAGGACAAGCAGAUUGAAAUCGGCAAUAAAUACUUACAGAACACCGUGGAGCAAAUCAUUAUGAACAAAAUAUGUCAGUUGAUUUUGAGUACAUAUAUCGUUGAUAUGAAAUGGAUCAUGCUGAUGGAGUUCAUAUUUGUUUCCGGCCGUGUAAUGUUUCUGAUUGGCUACCUGAAGCACCCGCUACAAAGAAGUUUUGGAUUUGCGUUUACUUUUCUCCCAACGGUUGCAGUAAUCUUGCUUAACAUUGCCAAUGUCCUGUUUUAUAAACCUUGGUAUGGGUUAAUGGAUUGAACAUGGCAUGAUAAAUA